ACCAGUUCUCUGAGAGAAAUCAUUAAGCCUGCAGGAUUCAGAGCACAGAGCCCUGAAGAGCUGAGGCUUCCUCACCUUCCGGCGGUUUCAGGCACUGGCACCCUGAGAGGAUCCUGGAAUGCAUGCUGAAUUUUUAGCGAGGGCGGUGUUGGAAAGGAAGUGCUGUGCUCAAAAUUCAACAUCAUUCUUCUCUCCAGUGUGAUUACAAAAGUUUGGUGGAAGCCGCACUUUGAAGCAGGAGAGAGUGUAGGAUUUGGGGAAGCGGCCUCCAUCUCCCGACCAGAAGGUUCCUGCCCAAGCAUCACAAAACAUUUCUCCCAGAACAUUAAUUGAUUUCCUCCUUGUCAACCUAGCAAGGUCAUGGCAGAUCUAGAGGAGCCACUGUAUGAUGACUUGGAGAAUUACUCCUAUGCACUGGAAUAUUACUCUCUGGGGUCUGAGUUGGAGGAGGAAGAGCCCCUGGGAGCUGCUCACUGGAUCUCCCUGCUGUUGUGUGGUUUGGCAUUUAUUCUGGGAAUCCCAGGAAAUGCCAUCGUCAUCUGGCUCACAGGAUUCAAGUGGAAGAAGACCGUCAGCACUCUCUGGUUCCUCAAUCUGGCCAUUGCAGAUUUCAUUUUUGUUCUCUUUCUGCCCCUGUAUAUCUCCUAUGUGGCUAUGCAUUUCCACUGGCCAUUUGGCCGGUGGCUGUGCAAAGCCAAUUCCUUCAUUGGCCAGCUGAACAUGUUCUCCAGUGUUUUCUUCCUGACUGUCAUCAGCCUGGACCGUUACAUCCACUUGAUCCAUCCUGUCCUGUCUCAUCGGCACCGAACCCUGAAGAACAGUCUGGUUGUUGUUAUAGUUGUCUGGCUUUCAGCGUCUCUGAUUGGUGGUCCUGCCCUGUACUUCCGGGACACUCUGGAGCUCAGUAACCACUCCCUUUGCUAUUACAAUUUCCAUGAACAUGACCCUGAUCUCAUUUUUAUGAGGCACCAUGUUCUGACCUGGGUGAGAUUUAUCAUUGGCUACCUUUUCCCUCUGCUAACAAUGAGCAUUUGUUAUUUGUGUCUCUUCUUCAAGGUAAAGAAGCGAAGCAUCCUGAUUUCUAGCAGGCAUUUCUGGACAAUCCUGGCUGUGGUCAUAGCCUUUCUGAUUUGCUGGACGCCUUACCACCUCUUUUCCAUUUGGGAACUCACGAUUCACAACAAUAGCUCCUCCCACCAGGUGCUACAGGCUGCAGUUCCCAUCUCCACUGGCUUGGCAUUCCUCAAUAGUUGUCUGAACCCCAUCCUUUAUGUCCUAAUUAGUAAAAAGUUCCAAGUUCGCUUCUGGUCCUCGGUCACUGAGAAACUAAAGUGCACACUGUGGGAAGUCAGCUGUUCUGGCACAGUCAGUGAGCACCUCAGGAACUCUGAAACCAAGAAUGGGUUUCUUGUGGAAACAGCCCAGUGACUCACUGCUUUUCCAAAAUUGCUGGGAGGUUUUUAAGCAAGUCCCCUGACAAAUGCUCCCAAACGAAAUUGCUUCUAAGAUUUAGAGCUGACCAUAUUUGUGUUUGCUUUUGGUGAGUUUACUGGCCUCACAUUUUUGUGUGAGUAUAACUUUGGCAGGAUAUGCACAAUUUUUUCCCCUGCAGCAUAAUUGACCUGUCAUUCUUGCUAAUUAUUCCACAGUGGAUUAUCACCACCAUUGAAGUACUGUCAGUUUUCUGAAAAAAAAAGAAAAUAUUUUUUUUGUACUGGGGAUCAAACUCAGAUCCUUACCCUU